AUGGCUUCUGCGAUCCGACUUGCGGGAAGUCACCUUCGGGAGUUACGUAUUCAUCUUUGUCAGAAGAGUGCUGCUUCUGCUGGCGUUCGUGCGUUUAUCGAAAGUGACUAUGUGGGGCUGAAACAGGCGAAUCCUAAUUUCCCUAUUCUCAUCCGCGAGUGUUCAGGGAUCGUUCCCCGUGUAUUUGCUAGGUAUGAGCAUGGAGUUGAGCGUUGUGUUGUUCUCGAGGAUUUGCCAAAGGAGAAAGUCGCUUCAGCGAUUAGGGAGCUGUCAUCGAUGAAUUAG